GAAUAACCUGGAUGCCGCUGCUUCUGUUUUAGUUGUUAUGUUUGGCAUGACAACUUGAAAGGGAUGCUACAACAGAAUCACUGGCACCCAGUCAAGUGUUACAAACAACAGUAACCGUGAGCUCAAGGUUUUAAAUGGCCAACUGAGCAUGUUGUCUUGUUAGCAUGGCUUUGGCCAUGUUUAGAAUGUCUGAUUAUAUCAGGUACAACAUUAUGAAAGAAAGGAAGUGACAGGAAAGGGAUACAGUAUUAUGUAAUAGAGGAUGCCGCCAUAGAAAUAGAUUUGGUGUCUCAUUGUACAGUAGUACAGAACCGUACAGAGAAGGUUCAAAAUUUGCAAGGAAGGUUUGCAUAUUCUGAUAGCAAUUCAAAACCUUGCAUAAACUAAAUGGUGUAGAGUCAAGAGAGUUACGAGACGGAAGAGCAGCUACUGCUGUGGAUACAUUCUCUUCUCUGCAGAUGUGAUGGAAACACGGCAUAUCCUGGUCUGCCGUAUUUAUCUGAUCCUGGCCCUCUUGCCCCACCCACACCAGUGCCUGUCAGUGUAUUUCCAAAACCAGGGUCUCCUUUACGUGGCUCUGGGGAGAGACCUGGUCCUGCUGACCCAGUUCCAGAUUACACCAACAGAGAAGAUCCUCAUGGUGACUUGGGACCGUGAGACUGAGAAGGGUCAGGGAAAGGUCAGGCUGGCCAAUCACCAAGAUGCACCUGGCAAUCCUCUAGACCAGAAGGGGGCCUUAUUUAGGGUGGCGAAUAUAAGUUCAUCUAACUAUGGAAUCUACACCAUCACUGUGACAGACCAGAUGGGGAACGAGGAAUCAGCAAAUAUACAUGUUAGAGAGAGUGUUGCUGCUCCUGUGGCGUCUUUGCCGCUCCUGUGUGAGGUGGCCAAUGACAGGGCACAGUGGGACAGCCCAGUGUUUUCCUGGUUGGUGGAUGGGGUAGAGGUGUCCAAUCAGACAGCCAAUCUCUCUACAGAUGGCAGGAGACUCUACGUGUCUGGAAUGAAGGGCCACAACUACACCUGUGUUGUCAACAGCAGUCUGGGGACUAGUGUUACAUACUACAUCACUGAUUCUUCUACACCAUCCCAAAGUAACCAAUCCUGUGAGAUUCUGUGUGGUGUACUAUUGGCCAUCAUCAUAGUGCUUCUAAGUGGAUAUCUCUGUUGGAGAUGCAAUCAGCAGAGGACGAAUGGGAUUAUAUGACCUGAGGAUGUCCAUCGCUUUCCAUUAUCAUUCUUAUUUAUGACACUUUGUUACUCUGUUACACACUGCACGAUCACACAAUUCCUUGGCACAUGCAGAGACAGUAUGAUAUGAGGAGUUUAAUGUAAUAUUCUAUUGAAACAAGUCACACUACCAGACAUCAAAGAUCAUUCAUAUCAAGAGCUUUGGAACUAUGCACCAUUAAUAAAAUAUAUUGAUAUGCCUAUUUAUUGGCUUAUU